AUGCCCCCUGGUGAGGCCUCUCCUCCUGGAGCACCUCCCAACCACUACCGCGUACUCGGCUUGACGAGCGAACGGGCCACAGCAGAUGAGAUACGGAAGAGUUACCGCAGGUUGUUAUUAAAGCAUCAUCCUGAUAAAGGUGGUACUGUUGAUGGGUUCCAUACCAUACAAGAGGCUUAUGAUACCCUCAUAAACCCCUGCAAGAGGCGACGGUACGACCAAGUGGAUCUACCUCGAGCAGUACCUCGAAUGCAAGAGUCUGUAAAGGAGCCAGCCAGUAGUAAUGCUCAAUCAACGCUGAACAUACCCAGUGACUUAACUCUGGCAGCACUCACCACACCAACAUUGAGGCAGAUCGCCACAAGAGUGGGAGUCAAGUUGGACCACUGCGUAUCGAAGGACGAGCUCAUAUCAGCUAUAAAGAAAACGGGCUAUAACCAAACACAUGUCCGCUGUCACCAGCAGGACGAGUCACCAGCGAACGGCGGCAGCGGCGGUAAUCCAGAUGAACAGUCGGUGGCCCCUCCAACGCCCGCCACCGCCAGCUCCAAGCCAAGUGUAAAUCCCCUAGCACAGGACAUCGUAACGGAGGCCACCAAGAUGGCAUUGGACCCAACAGAUGUACAAUACCUGGAGGCAUGUAUGGAGUCGUUGAAUCGUCAGAUGGCUCUUGAGGCCUGGCUGGACAUCGGUCGUGCCUCGACGCCCGUCUUGGAUGUCAUCGGUAGCGAGAUAAAGCAUGUACAGGUGCUAUUGAAUGGUAUCACUCGAACCCUGAAUGGGGCUACUACCAGAAUACAGCGGGUCCAGGUGGAGGCUACUACGAAGGCCCGGACGGCUCAGCAUACUGCUGGUCUCCUUAGAAGUGAUCCCUCUCUCAAUGAGUUAUUCGAUUCUAUUAAACGUAAAGGAGCUACGGUCGCCAAGGCUGUGAAGGCUAUAACGUCCCUUGGGAAGAUGGUGGAUGCCCUCUCGCACGGCCUAACUGGGGUGGCUCGAGACAUAAGUGUCGUUGAAAUGGACUCGGUGGGAGUUGAAAAAAGAGUGGUAUCAGCCUCCAAAAAGUGCCAUAGUGAAGCAGUUGCUGCGGCGUUGAAGUUUAAAUGCAGUAACGGUAAGGACCUAUCUCUCGAGCAAGUACUAGAGGCCGUACGAUUUGCCUGGGAGAAGACUACUAAGGAGAGACACCAGCGGCCACAGCAGGGUCAAUCAGUCCCAGCAGAGACAACAGCGAAGGGCUCUUCUACCAGGUCAGAUCUGGCUCAAAACACUACUGAUAGCGGUCGGCCAGAGGCGAGUGGUGAUGAGGAAACUAGAGUAGGAGGAGGGGAGGCGGUGACUGGUGCUACUGGGGAGAAGGGUAGUUCGGUAGCUGCUGAUGGUGAGGGGGUAGUAGAUGCGGGAGUGGGACAGAUGGAGUCCUCUAAGCGGGUGGUUAAUUCAGAGGUGGAAGAUACUUCACAAAGGGGUGAUGGUAAGCAUGAGGCUAGUUGUCCCAGUGUGCUGGCUCAAGGCUCGACUACUGGAGGGGACAGUAAAGAUAGUGGGGAUGCUGGGAUUAGCGGAAAUGUUGGGCUACCGAGUGGUGCUACCGAGAUGGAGGGGAGGUCAACGACAGUUGAGGAGGCAGGAGACGGACUGGACCUGCCAGGUCGGCAGUCCAAUCGAGAGGAGAGUGCUCUACAUAGCAACCCCGGCAAGGAUGGAGGGCCCUCCAGGGUCGUGGAGGCGAAGUCAACAGUGGAAGGGACAACAGGGGCGAGGGGGAGGGGCAGAGGGGAGCAGUGGAUCGGCCAGGACACGAUAGUGAAGGAGAGCGACAAAGAGGUUGGGAAGCGUGAUAAUGGAUCCACCACGACCGCAGUUGGCCAUAAGGGCAGUAACGUGGAACCUUUUAGAGGUCGAAAAAAGCGAAGAAAGCAGCACCACUCGAACUCUGUUAAGGCCACCAGGAGCUGCUCUAGUGCCGAUGAGCAUGAGGAGAAAGUGAGGCCAACACGGAAGCGAAAACGGACGGCUGACCUGAACAGAGAUGUACCAUCGACAACGCCGUCCCAUUCGUCAUCAUCGGAAUUCCCAAUGAUGAAAGUGCGAAUACCGGAUGGUUGGAAAAAAGGCCAGAAGGUUCGCUUCGCCCUACCCGAUGGCGUUGUUCUGUUCGUACCACCCGAGCAGUGUCGGCCUCGACAGAUAUUGAUGUACAAUAAGGUUACUGGGAAGAUGACUUUUACGGAGGAGCAGCAGCCACCACCACCACCACAAGAUGAGAUUGAUGUUAUCUCCCUUUCUGAUUGA